AGCUUUAACUUAAUCUCAAAUGCUAAAAAAAAACCUUUGCUUGGGACUAGUGCUUACCCAGACUAACCAAGUGCACAGUGGGGGUUCCUUCUGCUUUUGACAGUAAUGUUUCACAAUAGGAUGACUUGUCAGAUGUGGGCCAAGUAAAUAGGGGUGGGUUGUGGUAAGAGGAACAGGAAGAGAGUAGUCGAGAGAGAGAAGGUAGAAAGACAGACAGAAAGGGUGAGAGCUUGUCACGUCGGCAUGUGAAACUCUUCAUAGCAGGUUUUUUUUUCUUCAUAAAGAUAUUGAGAAGACAAGAGUCAAGCCAAAAAUGCCGUGCUCAGUCUGUGGCAGCUUCAAGAGAUGAUGCUUUGAAGGGACAAAUAAAAAAAAAAAUAAGGGUUUGACAGCGAGAUUAAUGGACUGUACAGAGAUCAAAGUUGAAAUGGCUGAAGAGGGGCCACUGGAGCCUCUUGUCAUCACUGAAGAGGGAGACAUAAAUGAGGGUGUCGCUGAAAGAAGAGCAGUGAGCAGUUUGACUGUAAUCUUACAGAGCUCCAGGGGAGAGUCGGCUCUGAAAAAGGAAAAGGAGAAGAGCACAGGGGAGGACAAGAAUGAAGAAGAUAUAGUGAGUAAAAUGUGCUUAGAAGAGCAGAACCGGGAAAAACUACAAAGCAGCACAGAGGACGACCAGACAGAGGACAAACAGGAGGGUGAUAAACCAGAGAAAAAUGAGAAUGCAAAUGAUGGACAGAACAGAAGCAAAGAGCAGACAGAGGAGGAGAUGAGGAUUAAUGAAAAACCUGAGAAACCCAGUGACACAGAGGAUGAUAAGGUCACACAAAAUGAGCCUCACGUGGACACAGAGAGGUUAAAUUCAUCUGAGCAACAACCUGAAGGGACAGAGAGCCAAGCGGAGGAUCCAAAAAAGGCUCACCGGUUAACCCCUGACUUCCCAGAGUCCCUGUACGAGCUGCUCUGCACCCUUCAGGAGGGCAGGCGGCUCAACGACCAGCGCUGCUCCUUCAGGAUGGAGAGUGGGAUCAGGAGACGGAGGUGCCACUCUGAGCCCAACACAACCAAACCAGCCCACAGAGUCAUCUUUUCCUCCAUGACUUCACUGCAGAAAGAGGAGUUUUUCGAGCUGGUGGCCACCGCUCAGGCCCGCCGGCUCGAUGACCAGAGGGCGCAGCUAGAAAGGUCACCCCCGCCAAAACCAAAAACCAGGAGUUUCAGGGGCAGCAUAAAGCAACUCUCAUUUGUGAAAAAGCCGCCUGCUCCAGUUCCUGUGCCUAAAGAGGAUCUGUAUAAUAUGAUUCUCACGACACAAGCGCAGGGCAGGCUGGAGGACCAGCGCAGCAGGGCUCCUGGUCCCAUGGAUGAUGAGGACUUCUUCUCCCUGCUCUUGAGGGUCCAGGGGGGACGCAUGGACGAGCAGAGGACUGAACUACCGCGCAUGCUGGAAACCUGAGAUGGGAGAUGAGAAACUGGGGGGCUACUGCGGAACCCAUCCCAGUUACUGUGGCCUUUUUUUUUUUUAGUCUGAUGUCAAGUUAACAGAGGGGUUCUUUGUUGAGCCUUAUGAUGCUUUGUUUCAGGGAGUUGUUUUCCCUUCUUGAUGGUGUUGGUCGGUGUUAAAGCUCUCAAGAUUGUAGCAGAAAACGCUAAUGUUUGGGCAACAGAGCUUUUAACAUGACUUGAGCAACGUUUCUGAUGAGAUUGUGAAGUUUACUUACUUCUUCCUAGUAAAUAGGAUCAGUAGAUAUGCUUUCUUAUUGCCAAAUUCAGCAUGUUAUUGAAUGUCUGCAGUGGGUGGUUGAAUGGUUUUGUGUGUGUUCCUGUUCUUAAUGUAGCUGAGGCAGACUACUGAUCUCUGUUUUUCUCCUUUUUUGUACAGUAGACAUUAAACUCACCAGAGAUGGUGUUGAGGACAUAACAGCUCCGAGGCCUCACAGUGCUUGACUGUAUAUGGAUAAUCCUCCUAGAAAAAAUAAACAAAAUGUGCAUCUGA